AUGAAGCAUGACGUACCCCAGGAUCAACGGAAACAGCGGCUAGGCUGCCAGUGCUCUUGGGUUUCUUUAUUGGACCUGGGAGGUUACUGCGCGGGAUGGCGGGCAUGGCCUGGAGCAUCCGAAGCAUGUGUGGAGAAACCGUCCAAGCCGCGCCGCACAUGGACCGGCCAGCGGCGGCUUAUCUCGGCUCACCACGGCGAUCAACUCUCGGCCGGCCCCUUUCCGCUUGCGACUGCAACUCAACACUGCACCGGCUUUGCGCUUUACCGCUGCCAACCUCACCUUCUUCUUCUGGCGCUACUGCCAGGAAUUGCCCGCCAUACCAGGAUGGCCGCUCGUUCCGUCAGUAAUGUGCGGCAAGAUCAGACAGAAGCAAGCCCCGCCCAGGCGGUUCGCCCAGUGACAAGUGUCAGAUGCGGCGACUGA